AAUGAAAAAGCCGAAGAUGCUGGCCCUCGUUUGCUGUAAUAUAUAAUGCCCUGACUGACCUCCUCCUUCCUGCUUUUACUAGGCUUAUCAAUAAAAUACAUGGCACAAAAAGAAGGCGAGGAGAAAAAGGAGGAAAAGAGCGUGCUCGAAUCACUUUAAGCAGGGACUCUUGAUUGCACCUCCCAUGGCUGCAACCUCCACUCAUCAUGCCAGCGGCAGAGCAAUUAGUCCUCUCUUUUGGAGCUCGACGUGAAGGGAGGAGAGUUAGUGCUGCCAAAAUUCCACAAAAAUGGCUGCUAGCCAUCACAGAUCCCUUCCUGUGCUCGUCGUCAUUCUCUCGCUUCUUCUUCUCGCCGCUGCUGUCGGUCCGGCAGUCUCAGAGGCGAACAGUACUGUUUUCUGGCCGGAGAAGGAGAUGAGGAAGUAUAGGAGAGCAAGAGCCCAUCUUAAGAGGUUGAACAAGCCUCCGGUAAAGACAAUUGAGAGUCCCGACGGGGAUCUCAUAGACUGUGUGCUCUCUCAUCUUCAGCCGGCAUUUGAUCAUCCGAAGCUCAAAGGAUCAAGACCUCUGGAUCCGCCGGAGAGACCGAGAGGCCAUGCCCCCGACGGCACGGCUACCACCGGGCAUGACUUCCAGCUGUGGAGGACGUCCGGCGAGUCGUGUCCGGAGGGGUCGGUGCCGAUCAGGAGGACCAAAGAAGAAGACAUUUUGCGCGCCAGCUCUGCGAAGAGGUUCGGCAGGAAGCCUAUCGCGACAACUAGACUUGAUUCUGAAAGCGACGACCACGAGCAUGCGGUUGGGUACGUUGUGGGAGAUCAAUAUUAUGGUGCAAAAGCAAGCAUCAAUGUGUGGGCACCCAAAGUGACAAGCCCUUCUGAAUUCAGCUUAUCGCAAAUAUGGAUCAUCUCUGGAUCCUUUGGCACUGACCUCAACACUAUUGAAGCUGGAUGGCAGGUAAGUCCACAGCUAUAUGGUGAUACUUCUCCCAGGUUCUUCACUUAUUGGACUAGUGAUGCAUAUCAAGCAACAGGAUGCUACAACCUUCUCUGCUCAGGCUUCAUUCAAACCAACAACAUGAUAGCCAUUGGAGUUGCCAUUUCCCCUGUUUCAAAGCCCACUGGCGGACAGUUUGAUAUCAGUCUUUUAGUGUGGAAGGAUCCGAACCAUGGGAACUGGUGGUUGGAGCUGGGGUCGGGGACGCUAGUGGGGUACUGGCCGUCGUUCCUGUUCAGCCACUUGUCGGAGCACGCAAGCAUGGUGCAGUUCGGUGGCGAGGUGGUGAACUCGCGGCCGAUGGGGGAGCACACGUCGACGCAGAUGGGCAGCGGGCGGUUUGCCAGCGAGGGGUUCGGUCAGGCGUCCUACUUCCGGAACUUGCAGGUGGUGGACUGGGACAACAGCCUGGUGCCGGUGCCAAAUCUCAGGGUGCUGGCUGACCACCCCGGCUGCUACAACAUCCAGGGCGGCAUUAACGCCGUGUGGGGCAACUACUUUUACUACGGCGGACCCGGAAGAGACGACAACAACGACGAUAGCUGCACCUGAGUGACAUAGAAUUACAUUCACUUUCACCCCCAUGCAGUCAAUUACUUGCAUGGCUAUACACAUGCAACUCUUUCAGUUAAACUCUCCGUUAAGAUUGAUGUGGAUUGCCAAAUCAAUUGUAUACAGCUUCAGGAGCAUGUACAUUUUGAAGGACAUCACAUAAUAGAUACAGUUGUGUCAAUAUUUCAAUCCUAUGUGUAACCAUGCAACUAAUUGUGUGAAUUAUGAUACA